CAAACACGCUGCCUUUGAAGUGCGUCGGAAAGCCUUUCUCGGAGCUGCGUUCAUGCCUCCGAAGUCAUGGCCUCAUGAGGCAACAAGUCACUGCCUUGAGUUUUCGGACGCAGCGAGCCAGUGUCCUGGACAAAUGCGGCACUAUGCGAUAGCGCCUGUCGGGCUACACGCUUGCUUAUGAACUUAUGGAUAACUCUUUACUGUUUGCCGCUGGUUGUGUCAGCUCCUGUUAGCGUACAGGCCAACCAAACGACCCAAGAGGAGUUUGGAACAAAACGAGAGAGGAUCAAUUUGUUGUUGCAUUAUCUGGAUGGAGAGAUCUUCACGACAACAUUUAACUAGACCGAUAUUCUGAUCCUGCUUGUGUUUUACGCGAUGGAUAUCAGACUGGUAAAUGGAGCUAAUCGGUGUUCUGGAAGAGUGGAGGUUUUAUAUAAUGAUCAAUGGGGAACCGUCUGCGAUGCUGGCUGGGAUUUAGCAGAUGCUGCAGUGGUGUGUAGUAGCAUGGGUUGUGGGACUCCAAUAGCAGCAAAGACCGGACCUUUUUUUGGGCAGGGUUCAGGACCCGUGUGGCUGGAUGAUGUGAGUUGUUCUGGAAAUGAGCCAUCAGUGAAAAAUUGCCCAUCAAAGGCAUUAGGAACAAGCACCUGCAGCCAUGGACAAGAUGCUGGAGUCGUCUGUCGAGUUGUGAAUCUGGUUGAUGGCUCCAGUCCAUGUGAUGGUAGAGUUCAGGUUCUUUAUGAUGACUGGGGUGGAGUUUGUCACUCUGGCUGGGGUCUGGAAGAAGCCGUAGUUGUGUGUGAAGAGCUGGGCUGUGGUGACACUGGAGAGCUACAGUCAUAUGUGGGUCCAUUUGUUGGGCCCAUAUGGAUGGAUAAUCUCGCAUGUACUGGAAAAGAGUUGACAUUACGUAACUGUCCAUUUACUGGAAGUGGUGCGACCAGCUGUGUGAACGACCUUUAUGCAGGAGUUACAUGCAUCAAACUUGUGAGAAGAGGAGUGGUGAGGAUUGUGUUUACUGCUACGACUGGUUUUGACAUUAAUGACCCAAUCAACAGCAGGAUGCUUUUGAAUAAGAUACAGAAAGUGGUUCAAAGUAAAGGGGAUUAUAAUGUGAACUGGAAAACGCAGUCGGAUGGACAGAUAUUCCACAAGCAGAUGAACAGCUACAGACAGCCACAGCCUUGUGAAAGUUGAUGCUUACUCUCUCAAUAUACACUAUUUGUAUGUACAGUAAGUAAAUGAUAGGUAAAGUUUAUGGCUAUUAUGGGCUUUGAUGUAACAAAUAGAACCCAACAGAAAGCACUGUACAGUACAUUACACAAAAUAAGUGAAUCUGAUUUAAACAUUCCUUAGAAUUGACUAUAUGUACGGUUAUUUGUACCUGGUUUUAAGCCAAGUGAACUGUCAGCUAUUGGAUUUUAUUCUAAACUUGCUGCCUUCAAAAAGUUUGAAAAUUUAUGGGUGAAUUUAAUUUUACCAAGGGUAAACUGCUUUGCUUUUGUUCACUCAUGAAUU